CACAUUCACUUUUACUUUACAGACAGUUGGAGAGCCAUUAAUUUGGUAUUCAUACGUGACACUGAGUCAGACUCUUGAUCCUCUCUUUUGUGCUUGUUGGUUGUAGGAGCUUUUGAGCUUUUCAGUGGUUAACAAGCUUUGGAAAGCUAGCUUAAAUAGAAAAGUUAUGUUUUAAUGGAGCAAAAGAGUGAAAUCUAACUUGCAUAUGACGAGAUCAUAAUGGGAGUAAGCAAUGGAUUAACUCUGCUGGAAGGAGAAACAACUAAAGCCGCCCAAGAAAAAGCUUCAUUCAGUGACCACAGACAGUUGGCUCAUUACUUAUCUCUGCUCUGCUUCCUGCUCACCAUCGUGACUCUGCUGCAGACUCUCUGCUUGGUUCAGAUUAUGUUGACUUCUCAGUCUCAGUCAUCUCUGCAAGAAAAUAAACUGCAAGAACUGACAAACAGGCUGGAGAAGCUGAACCAGUCCCAUCACCUCCUGUUCGCCCAGUAUCCUGCUCUGAACCAGUACUGUCCCAUCAACAACUCUUCCACUGGUGAGAGAAAGUGCAGACCAUGUUUGACUGACUGGACACUUCAAGGAGAGAAAUGUUUCUACUUUAGUGAGGAUAGAGCUGACUGGAUCAGUAGUCAGUACCUCUGCAUGUCACUGGGAGGCGCUGUGGCUACAAUCAAGACAGAGGAGGAGCAGGAGUUUCUAUUUAAAAUGGCCCAGAGCCGGAGCCAGGGAGACUCAUACUGGCUCGGUCUGAGAAGCAGCGCUGUGGACGGGACCUGGCAGUGGAGUGACGGCACCCCGCUGGAGAACGGACCACAGUUUUGGGAACAUGAGCCAGACGUCACAGGAGAGAGGAAGGUGCUCUGCGGUCGACUCACACCAGGAGACAACUACAGGAAGAGCUGGUUCAGCUCCGGGUGUUCUGGUCAGCUGAGGAGAAUCUGUGAGCGCAGACAAGCUUCACUACAGUGACCAAAGUCAAUGACUUAUUAUUAUUAUUAUUAUUAUUAUUAUUAUUAUUAUUAUUAAUUUAUUUAUUUUAAAUUUACCUCCUAAAUCUUUUCUCUUGUAUAUUAAUAUGGUUUAACAUAGAAAAAAUAUAUAUAUUAGGGAUCAGGCAUGUUUUCCCACUUUUUCUGUCGCUGUAUAAAGAUGUAGAAAAUCCCUAAAAGCUAUAAGCAAAUAUUAGGAUCAUGUUUAUAGGACUAAUUAGAGAACAGUGACUUUUUUUCUAAGAUGUUUUUUGUUACUCACUCAUUUUGUGCACUUGCUUAAACCCUACUUAUACUUUCUACUUCUUUUUUUUUAAUGGUGGAUUUUAUUUGUAAUUUGUCCUCAAAGUUUUUUUUUUCCUUUAUGAUUUUCAUAGUUUAAAAUUCUUAUUCUUCAUAUUGUAUCUCUGAAUUGUAUCUUUUGGCUGAAAAAAAUAUUACAAAUAAAAUUUUCCAAUUAUAACUGCCAUAAAAUGUCGAAGGCUCUUUUAAAUUUAAAUUGACAUUAACGACAUUGUAAUCUAAAUAAAGAAAAUUUAUUCUUUUUGA